AUGGAUUUGACCCCCCAGGUCCAAGUUUCCGGUACGGAGGAGCCAGCACCAAGCACGCAAACUCCAGUUGAUACCGAGAUGACUCCUGCUCCAAGCGCAGGAAACGAUGGGCAAACAGAAGAAACACAAGACGUCGCUGUACCCGAUGCGCAGCCGGCUGAGGCCGAAUCGCAGCCUGCGCAGGAUCCCCAACCCCCUAAACCUGUUCCAUUUCUCCAAUUCUUGACGUCGCCGAUAGUGGAGCUUAUUGUCGGAAGCGGCGAAAAGAAAACUGCAAUGACUGCCCAUCAGACGUUACUUCUGGAGUCGCCUUUGCUAUCUGAACAUGUCAAGGCUUUCAAUGACGGCCAGCGUCGUAUUGAGCUUCCUGACGACGAUGUGGAAGCGUUUGGUUACUUCUUGCAGUACCUGUACACGCGCGACUAUUCUCCUUCUGAGACAGAAGCAGCCGACGGAGCUGAUGAAAGUGGCGAACAGCUUCUUAAGCAUGCUCGUGUAUACACGCUGGCGGAGAAAUUGGGCAUCCCUGCCCUAAAAUCACUCGCGCAUUCCAAGAUCCACAAGAUCAACAGCACUUCGCGUGGCGAACUGGCGUACGCUCGCUAUGUGUAUGAUAAUACCAAGUCGGACGAUGUCACGAUCCGCAAGCCUGUGUCCAACUUCUGGGGUAUGAGGAGCCACGUCUUACGCCACGAGGCACAAGAGGAAUUCAAGCAGCUCUGUCUCGACGUUCCGCAAUUCUGUUUUGACGUUCUAAGUGUUGUCCUUGAUCAGAAGGAAAAGCGUGCCCAGGAUAGGGCUGAAGCGGAAUCCGCUGUGAAGGGAAGCGGAAGGAAGCGACUUCGCAGUGGUCUGUGA